CCCCGCGGGGACCGAGGCCGAGGUGCCCCCGGGUGUCCCCGCGGAGCCGCCCCGGCGGAGCGCGGAGCCCGCAGCGGGGGAUUCGGUGGCUGCGGCGCCGCGGCUCACUCGAAAGCAGUGGCGGAACAAACAGAAGAACAAGCGCCGGCAGCAGAAGCUGAAAGCGGAGAAGAACGCGGGCGGAGGUGGCUGCACCGGACCGGCAGCCCCGGAGCCCCCCGCCCCGGACGCGGUCCUCACGGGGCGGUCGGCGGCGCUGCGGGCGCGCAUGGAGGAGCGGCUGCUGGCGGCGCGGUUCCGGUACAUCAACGAGCAGCUCUACACCGGUAGCAGCCGCGACGCUGUGCGGCUCUUCCAGAGCGACCCUGACGCGUUCCAGAUCUACCACCGCGGCUUUGCGCAGCAGGUGGGGCGCUGGCCCCGGAACCCCGUGGACCUCAUCAUCCAGCGGCUGCGGCAGCGGCCAGCAUCGCUGAUCGUGGCAGAUUUUGGGUGCGGCGACUGCAAGAUUGCCGGCAGCGUCCGGAAUAAGGUGCACUGCUUCGACCUGGUGCCACUCAGCCCGCUUGUCACCGUCUGCGACAUGGCCGAGGUGCCGCUGGCAGAUGAAUCCGUGGACAUUGCAGUUUUCUGCUUGGCACUGAUGGGCACCAACCUGCAGGAGAUCCUAGAGGAAGCCAACCGCGUGCUGAAGCUGGGCGGUACCCUGAUGGUGGCCGAGGUUGCCAGCCGCUUUGAGGACCUCCGAGCCUUCAUGAGUGCAAUGGCUCAGCUGGGCUUCAAGAGCAUCAACAAGGAUCUUUCCAGCACCUUCUUCUACCUCCUGGAGUUCACCAAGGCGGGGCCGCCGCGACGCCGGCCCUGUGCGGGACUGCGCCUGCUGCCCUGCGUCUACAAGCGGCGCUGAGCGACCGAGCUUCCGGCACGGAGCUUCCGGCACGGGACUUCCGGCAGGGAACUUCCGGCACAGCCUCGGCGGGGGCGGGGCCUCGUGCCCUGUUUGUGCAGGCGGCGCUGAGGGGCGGGGCCGACGGAGGAGCCCGGAGCGCAGCCCCCGCGGAGCCGCGUUGAGGGGCGGGGCUCGAAGGCGCGGGCGGAGCCGGGGCCGUGAGCAGCGCGCGCGCCUGCGGGGGAUGGUGCCGAGGCGCUCCCCGUGCGCACGCGCAGUUAGCAAUAAAGCGGCCGUUUCCGUACACUC